AAGUUUUCUGGGUAGGGCAGUCGACUUGACUGUACUGCUUGUUGAUUUGUUGUACAAUAUCACUCGCACGUCAGAGAUGCCCACCAAAUUGGGACCGAGGUCAGAGUUCACCGCCGCUACCGGCCUCAAGCUUCCGGUUAUAGGACUCGGAACUGCUCUUAACAAGGAUGAAGCCGUUCUCAGAAAAACGUUGAACGCCGCCUUGGAGAUCGGCUACCCUCUCUUGGAUACGGCCUCCAUGUACGAUAAUGAGGAGAUCAUCGGAAAAGUGCUAAAGGAGUGGAUGGAUAAUGGUAAACUGAGACGACGGGACAUCUUCAUCACAACCAAGCUACCACCGCAAGGUAAUAAGCCUGAGUGUGUGAGACAGUAUUUAGAGAAACAGUUGAAGGCUCUGCAACUUGACUACGUGGACCUGUACUUGAUACAUCAUCCGGUGGGGUUUAAGCCGGAUACUACCUUCAUGUCGGGAAUUGAUGGCCUUAAAGCUCUAGACGUGUCUACAGAUUUGGUUGCGUUAUGGAAGGAAAUGGAGAACAUGGUGGAUGCUGGACUGACAAAGUACAUCGGACUAUCCAACUUCAAUGUGAAGCAGAUCGACAAAAUCGUGCAGAAUGCUCGCAUCAAGCCCUCCAACCUCCAGAUAGAGCUUUACAUUUACCAACAAGCCAAAGAACAACAGGAGUACUGUAAGAAGAAUGGCAUCACCAUCACCUCGUAUUCUACUUUGGGCUCAAUGGGCGUAUUUGAUGCGGGAAUCCCAAGAGACAUGUUUCAGGGAAUCUGGGAAAAUCCACUGACGGACACUGACGUGCUAGCUCUAGCAAAGAUUCACAAGAAGACACCUGCCCAGGUACUGUUACGUCACAUGUUACAGUUGGGCAUCGCAAUUAUACCGAAGAGUUCCAACCCAGAGAGGCUGAAAGAGAAUUUUAACAUCUUCGACUUCCAGCUCAGUAAGCCUGAGAUGCUGAGGCUUGGAGUUCUGGAUCGAGGAGAGGAAGGAAGAAGGUUCGUGGUGGAGUCAAUCAGCGAACACCCUGAGUAUCCUUACCAGAAGAAAUCCUAACCUUCACAAGAACAAUGUAAAAAUUAAGAUAUAGUAAAUCAUACAAGCAUU